CCCUGGCGAACAUGACCAAGGACGCAGUCAUGGUGGUUCAUGUAGAGCUGCCGCCGUACAGCCAAGCUGCUGCGGCCGAAGGCCCCGCCGUGUACAUUGACUUGUGGCCGAAUACCAGCCUCACAGCCGUGUUGGAGCUGAAUGCCUCGGGCCGCGUGAACGCAGUGCUUGAGGAGCGCACGCGACCCGCGGGUCUGCUGUUCGGCUUGCCCACACAGUCGCUGGUUGGCAGCAUGCUGAGCGGCCUGGUCACGCUGCCGCCUGGUCGCAGCAACCCCAGUGAGCUGCUGUCCCUCCACGGCGCCAAGAAGAGCAGCCUCAAGGCGGACAACAAGGAGGCCAGCGUCAAGGUCGGUCCACUGCACGUGCUGCAGGGCGCCCACUCGGACGGGCGGCCGCUGGUCCUGGACGUGCAGGUGGUGGGCAAGCCGGGACCCAACCAGCCGGUCACCGCCAUACUGCGAGUGCACGCGGCGCCCAUGAUGCCAGCGGGGGUCGCAGUUUUUGCUCCUGCUCCUGCCACCAGCCUGCUGCCUGCUGCUGCCAGCAACUCCAUACCAGCACCCGCCCAAGACUCCCUAGCACUCACGAGAACCAUGACACACAGAAGUGCUGUGAUAGCGGAUAGCAGGACGUCGCCACAGCCGCUUGGUAUGGCGACCUCGAAAAGGUUAGGGACCCCCGCCAAUAGAGGCAUUGACAACAGCGGAAUUACAGGAGCAGUAGCUGCGCAGGGGUCAUGGAUGGCAGGACCACUGCGACGUCAAAGUGAGGAUGAGCUGCCGCAAGAAAGACUGGGGCAUCAAUUGCCCAGUACUCCCGGAGCCGGUCCAGAGGGGUCUGGCCUCACGGCAAGUGCGGUGGAAGCGAUUGCAACGGUUCGGGAGAAGCCUGAGCACUCCAGCCAUUCGGCUGCCAUGGCAGCAGCCUCUGCUGAGCGCAGAUCGACCCAAGGGUCGCAGCCCAUUACUGGGCUGGAGUCUCCUUCGGGCAGCUUGGGUGCGGGAGUCCCAGACAGGGCGGACAGCAUCAGCAGGUACAGUAAAACGGUG